AUGGGCUCAGUCAUAGUUACAGGACUACCUCACUAUGACAAUGGGAUUGUGUCCUCAAAGCUCUUCCUAGCCACCUUCUCUUCCCUUACCAAAUUCCCCAUUAGCCUCAACGCCUACGACUUUUAUAUCGUUGAGAACCCUUGUUUGAGCUGCCUUGCGGUAUCCAGCAAAAGCUGGUGCCGGUUUGUCUACCUUACGUCUACUUCUCUCCUUCUUGCGGUAUCUAGCAAAAAGCUGGUGCCAGUUUAUCCACCUUACGUCUACUUCUCACCUGCUUACGGCGUCCAGCAAGUUGCUGGUGCCGGUUUCGUUGUGAUGUCGACCCUUACGCCCACCACCAAUAAGCCUACCACUCGUGCCUCCACUAAAGCCAAAUCAGCCUUCAUGGGCCCUGCAGACGAGCUCCUCGACCCAGAGCGGCGCAAAAUAAUUGCACAGCUGUCAGACUAUAUCGGAGAUUGGAAGCUUCCUUCGACGGGAUGGGCUCUCCUUUGGUUUGCGGAUCUCGAGAUCCUGAGGAAAUAUCUUAAAACGUGUGAAGAACAGCCAGGGCCAGCUAUUGUGGCUGGCAUCUUUGGUCGGACUGAGACAAUUAAGGAUAUAAUCAUGUCCUGGAAGUGUCGGCCUAGAGCCUCAUGGUCUUCUGCUGAGGAGGGCCCAGAGGAAUCGGGUAUCGGAGAAACCCCAAAGAAGCGCCAGCGUACUUCGAAAACCACGUCGAAAAUUCCCACGCCCGCUGGCAAAACUCGUCCAGCGGCGGUAGGCUCCCAAGAAGAAACGGAGCAGCCGACUGGCCGUAGCGCAGCAGCAAAGACACUGGUGAGUUUAAUUUACAUACCUAAUGAUAUAACCGUGUCGGAUUCUCACCUACCUAUCAAGUGCAAGGAACGAGAUAAUUACGCUUGUAUUCUCACCGGGUACCGUGAACCGCUUGAAGUAGCGCACAUCCCCAUAAACUCUGGGAGACAGCAAGAAAAAGCACUGCGUUCUGGAGACGUCCUUACUUUUAAGACCGAUGAUCCAGUCGGCCAUCCCCUCCCAUCGAUGGAGCUGCUGAAGAUGCAAUGGGCUCUUCAUCGAGUUCUUGCCCUUAGUGGAGCCGCCGAUGCAACCGAUGAGGACCUGGACCCAGACCCAGAUAAGGUGCUCGGGGGACUGGACGCGUGGGGGACGAAUUUAGAGGCAACCGACGAGGAUGUCGAGGAAGAAACGGUGGACAAAACGGGGAACGAAGAGGAACUACCGAGUGUUGAUGCAGAAUCUUGGGAUGAAGUGCUCUUGGAGGCCCCCAGAUUUAGGGGUCAGACAAAUCCUCCUACUGGCGAGAACUCCCCAAGCCGCGAAAAUUGCCCGGGGCCCAGUCUGCCCAGGUUCAGACAUCUUCACCACAAGGAUCAAGAGGGGAAGUUGAGGCAGGAGGAACAGGCGGAAGAAGAAAGUUCACUUGCUUUGAGAUUCCGGGACACCAAUAUUCAUUAG